AUGGCGGCCAUCAAAGCUCUCCAGCAGUGGUGCAAACUCCAGUGCAGCGGUUACAGAGACGUGGAGAUAAUCAACAUGACCAGCUCGUUUAGAGAUGGACUGGCCUUCUGUGCUCUUAUCCACAAAUUCCGACCCGACCUCAUAAACUUUGAGUCGCUCAGUAAAGACAAUGUGUAUGACAACAACCACUUGGCAUUCUGUGUGGCUGAGGAUCAUUUAGGGAUUCCUGCACUUCUGGAUGCAGAGGAUAUGCUGGCUCUGCCUGUCCCAGACCGGCUUAGCAUCCUUACUUAUGUCUCGCAGUACUACAACUACUUUAAUGGACGCACACCCAUGGGAGGAGUUGGAGGAGUCAAACGGCCAGCAGAGGGUUCAAAGGAAGCACCAUCGGAGAAGAAGAAUCUCCCUGUCGUCAAAACCUACAGCCCAAAACCUGUUCCAGAAAACUAUCCACGGUCUACCUCCUCUGCCUUAAAGUCUUCAGAAAACCAUCCACCAUCACUUCUCAUUCAGAACAGCAGGUCAGACAGAUGUGUAUCACCCUCUCUAAAACAGCAGUCUGCUAUGGAUAAACACACUGCAUCUAAAAUCAUCCAAAAACACCUUUCAAGCAAUGUUUCACCCAUCAGUCUGAAAACUUCAGACCGGGAUGUUGAGAAGAAGUCUGUGUCGAACGAGAACUCCAAUAAAACUGGCACACUGAACAGUAAGUGUGCGGUGUGCAGGAAUCAUGUUCACUUGGUCCAGAGACACCUAGUGGAUGGGAAAUUGUACCAUCGCAGCUGCUUUAAAUGCUGUGAGUGUUCAGCUGCUCUACACUCUGGGGCGUAUAAGGCAGGCCAGCAGCCUGGCACACUGCUCUGUACUUCAAAGCACUGUACUCCAAAUGCACAUAAGUCUUUAGCUAAGCCUAAUGGCUCGGAUAUUGUUAAGAGGGAACCCAAACCUUCUCCUACCCUACAUGCGUCUGUGUUGUCCAGUCCCAUUCAAGUUCCUCCCAGAUCAGUCCAGCCCAGUCCAGCUCUACAGCCAUGGACAGCCUCGGCAUUAAGGACCCAGAGUGCCAGGCAGAGAUUUUUCCUUUCUGUCUGUGUAGUCCCUAGUACCCAGAACAGCACUGUAACAAAAUCAGAAGAGGAGAAAGAUCAGGCACCGCCACAGGCACUGAUUUCUAAGAAGCUGGCAGAGGAAAACUGCAACAAUAACAACAAGGCUUACAACUGUGGGCUCAGUGCAGACAACAAACCGGGGCUUGGCCGCCUCUCUGCUGAAGUCUCCUGUUGGAAGCAAGAGAAACGGGGCUCAGCUGUAGCAGAUCAGAAACCGGGCCUUGUCUUUCCCUCCCCUACCGGCACAAGUAUCAGUACCUGCAGCGCGAAGUCCGCCUGGCUGAGUGCCAGCAACAGAGCGCACACCAGACACCCCUCCUCUUCCCUCGUCAUCAACAGAGCCAAAGAUGUGGGGAGCUGUGAAACCCCGGCUGAUUGUCAAUCAAAUGCCCGAAAUGGACCAGCACUAAAUGCUCUGACUCCUGAAAAAAACAACAGUGAUAACCAACUAAUCUGGCAAAACACACACUUUACACCAGGCUUCAAGUCUACUUCUUCUGCUGAGCAUUUACCUCAAAAGUCUUCAGUCACAGAUGAACCACAUCAUGGAUCUGAUUCCCUAGGUGGUAUAUCUGGCAAUCCAUCUGACCAGAAUGGCAGUCUGGAUGGCAGUCUCUCUACAAAAGUAUCAUGGGAACCUGACACACCAUCUCAACAACCAAUAAGACCAUAUGUUGCCACAGUGUAUGGUGAAAAUGAAAUGGUGUCGUUGGAAAACAGUUCAGCACCUGAAACUGUGUCACCUACAAUCUGGCCUCGGCACAUCCCGAUGGAACAGAUCACUACCGAGCUGCAGGAAAUUGAGAACAGUCUGAGUGAUUUGGAGAAAGAGGGAAUUGAAUUGGAAAGGAGACUCCGUCGCUGUGAGGAAGAGGGCAGCGGGGACAUUCUGGCAGAUCCGUUGAUGGUGGAAUGGUUCAACCUGAUUCGAAAAAAGCAGAGCUACAUACGGAGGGAGUCUGAACUAAUGUACAUAACUAAAACUCAAGACUUAGAGGAGCAGCAGCCUGGAGUGGAAGGAGAACUCAGGAGACUUCUUAACAAACCAGAGCAUGUAAAAAGCAGCUCUGAACGAGAGCGUGAGGCUGAUCUGAUGAAGCAGCUGGUGGAGAUUGUGAAUCAAAGAAACGCCAUUGUGGAGGGACUGGAGGAAGACAGAUUGAGGGAGGAAGUAGAGGAUCAGCAGCUAAAUGAAAUGAUGCAAAGGCUCGGUCUGCGAAAAGUAAAAAAGAGGAGAAAAUCAUCUUUUUCAAAAUUGUUAAGCCGCAGAAGUAAAAAAGGCCAGGUAGAAGCAUAAAUGACCACCAGAGAAGAAGGAUUUUUGGUGAAUUCUGCUCUAAGCUUCAAGUACACAGCAGCACACGUGCCGGCACAUCGCAGUACAAGGUGUAGUGUGGUACAAUGAGGUAGGCCCGAGUCAUUUCUCUGAAGCUUGAUAGGUCAGCGUUCACGGUUAAGUGCCUGAGAAACACAACACACAAGUAAUUUUUUUUCCCCACAGAAAGUGUUUAGUGUGCAUGUACACAAAUUCGGUGAGAGGUUUCAUUAGGAUCUGUUGUCACUCCUACACAAACUUACUUGUAAUGUUUUUAUUUAUUUCUUCACUGGCUUUUCCUGCUUUGUUUAGUGUUUCUAGCAUCGUUUUGUUUGAUUUAGAAAGUAAUCUUCAAGUGUUUCUACUUUCACACUUCUACACUUUCCAAACUAAGACUUUACAAAAAUCACCGUCAGUUGUACACAAACGAUUCACCAAUUUAUUUUUUGUCAGACUAGUACGUUACUGCACUUCUCCUGCUGGCCUGGAGGUGGCACUAUAGGCUUACAUGCGCCACCGCGACUGUUAAAGCCCACACACUCGCCCUUGCUUAGACUUCAGACUCCAGCUUUAUAGGAAUUCCUAAAUAGAGCUGAAGAUUUAGCAUCACUAAUCACUUGUAUUCUGGAAAGACGGAUCAUUAGAUCAUAUCAAAUAAUAAAAAAAAUAAUACAUUAAACAAGUGUAAUUAUGAGUGGGGUUGUGGUAAUGUGUUCAGAAAGAGUUUUCAUUGUUCCAGAAAAACCAUACCGGGAAUAUUAGAAGAAACUGUUUAAAGAUUUAAUCCACUGUUUUUACUGUUUUUAAAUUUUGUGUUAUUAUGUAUACAAUAUGUACGUGUUUGUUUUUAACUAAUUAUAAUAUAUUUGACCUUUUAAAUUUUGUUAUACAAUAAAUCAAGGAAAUAUUUUA